GGAGUUCCGGCGCCGCAGACUUGAGCGCUGGGCUGUCCUCCGAGGCAGGCGAGGCCUGAGGGUGGUGAGGUAGGCUCGGAGGCGGCCGCUUCUCUUCUGAAGGAAACGAGCGCGGGACAGGCCAGGUUCUGCGGACCAGAUCGAGGGCCUCAGGCCACUCCCGUCAGUCUCCAGAGGAGGCCUGUGAAGUGAACCGAAUCGCUGCUGCAGCUCUCAAAGCCAGGUUCUUUGAGGAGUUAACUCAAAUGAUUGAGGAGCUGCUGUGAAAUAAGCAUUUUUCUCUGUCUGCUGUGCAUACUGUCUCUUAAUCUUUGGAAAUGUCACGAACCAGCUUUGUGAUCCUUCACAGAAGGAUCUCUGGGUGUUAAUGAAAUACAACAUUGAAGAACUGCUCUUAGCUUCUGUGGACUCUGCUUCUCCAGCAAAUGACCCUUGAGAAAAACUAACCAGUUUCUUGCAAAUCUGAAAUCAUGGCUCAUGAUUUGGUGAUGUUCAGAGAUGUAACUGUAGACUUUUCUCAGGAAGAGUGGGAAUGUCUGAACUCAAAUCAGAGGAAUUUGUACAGAGAUGUGAUAUUAGAGAACUAUAGCAACCUGGUGUCACUGGGAGGAUGUUCCAUUUCUAAACCAGAUGUAAUUACUCUGUUAGAGCAAGGGAAAGAACCCUGGAUGGUUGUGAGGGAUGAGAAAAGAAGAUGGAGCCUAGAUUUGGAAUCCAGAUAUGACACUAAAAAGUUAUUUGAAGUAAAGGAUGUUUGUGAAAUGAAUGUAUCUCAGUGGGAGAUAAUGGAAAGAAUUAGAAGUUGUGGCCUUGAAGAUUCCUUUUUCAGGAAAGAUUGUGAAUAUAAAAAGUUUGAGGGACAGGAGGGUCCUCAGGAGGCGUAUUUCAGGCAAGUGAAAAAAACCACCUCUGAAAAAAUGCCCAAGAACAAAAAACGCACAUCUCUUACUCUGUAUCAGAGAAUUCACAAUAGAGAGAAACCCUAUGAAUGUGGGGAUUGUGGGAAGGCUUUUAGAGUACGCCAGCAACUCACUUUCCAUCAGAGAAUUCAUACUGGUGAGAAACCCUAUGAAUGUAAAGAAUGUGGAAAAGCCUUUAGACAGUGUGCCCACCUUAGUCGACAUCAGAGAAUUCAUGCUUCUGACAAACUCCUUGAAUGUAAAAGAUGUGGAAAAAUCUUUACAUGUGGUGCAGAUCUUCGUGUACAUCAGAGAAUUCAUGUUGGUGAGAAGCCCUAUGACUGUAAGGAAUGUGGGAAGGCCUUUAGAGUGCGAGGACAACUUAAUCUCCAUCAAAGGAUUCAUACUGGUGAGAAACCCUAUGAAUGUAAGGAAUGUGGGAAAACCUUUAGACAAUAUGCACACCUUACUCGACAUCAAAGACUUAAUAUUGCUGAGAAAUGCUAUGAAUGUAGGGAGUGUGGGCAGGCUUUUCUGUGUAGUACAGGCCUUAGAGUACAUCACAAACUUCAUACUGGUGAGAAACCCUAUGACUGUAAGGAGUGUGGGAAGGCCUUUAGAGUGCGGCAACAACUUACUCUCCAUCAGAGAAUUCAUACUGGCGAGAAACCCUAUGAUUGUAAGGAAUGUGGGAAGACCUUUAGUCGUGCCUAUCAUCUAACUCUCCAUCAGAGAAUUCAUACUGGUGAGAAACCUUACGAAUGUAAGGAAUGUCAGAAGUUCUUUCGUCGUUACUCAGAACUUAUUUCACAUCAGGGUAUUCAUAUUGGAGAGAAACCCUAUGAUUGUAAGGAAUGUGGGAAGGCCUUCAGACUGUUCUCACAACUUACUCAACAUCAGAGUAUUCAUUUUGGUGAGAAACCUUAUAAGUGUAAGGAAUGUGAGAAGACUUUUAGACUGCUCUCCCAACUUACUCAACAUCAGAGUAUUCAUACUGGUGAGAAACCCUAUGACUGUAAGGAAUGUGGAAAGGCCUUUAGACUCCAUUCAUCACUUAUUCAACAUCAGAGAAUUCAUUCUGGUGAGAAACCGUACAAAUGUAAGGAAUGUAGGAAGGCAUUUAGACAACAUUCACAUCUUACUUACCAUCAGCGAGUUCAUAAGGUCACUAAAUAAUUAUUAGAAAGCCAUCCAUUGUGAAUUUUGUGUUAAGGAGCAGUAUAAAAUAAAUUCUGGAGGAAAAGUGUUUGAAUGUAGGAAUCCCUUUUGCUUCAUGCUCAAAAUUAAAAUAAGAGGUUUUAAAAGAAUAGGUUAAUUUAAUGAAUACAUAGAAAUAUUUCAUCACCAUUCAAACCAUGUUAAACUUUAGGAAAUUCUUUCUAGAAAGAAACUCUCUUAAAGGAGUGAACGUGGAAAAGCUUUUGAUCUUACCUGUUAUCACCUCUAUUCUUUCAUCUGUACAGUAUACCUGUGGAAGUUGCCAGGGCACCAACUCAUUCUGGAAAUUGAUAAAUAAAAGGAAGGAACUGUGAUUUAGCCUGCAUUUCCUGUAUAAACUAUAUUUCAAGGCAACUAGAAGUUGAUGAGGUAAAGUUCUUUGUUAGAGAUUUUUACAAGACAUAAUGAAAUAAUGGAUCUAGGCACAAUUCUCAGUAGAGGUGUUAAGACCAUUAUGUGAAUGGUUGAUGUCAACUUCAUAGUGAAUAGAUGAGGUUGACAACAUCUGAACCCAUGAUCAAUUUUAAUCUCAUCAAAAAUAGGACAAAACAUUUUGUGCCUCCUGAUAUGAUACAAUAAGACAUACCAUUGCCAAAAAAUAUUGAACCUGAAUCUAAUUAAAGCAUCAAGAUCUAACUCCCAGUUUAGAGAAAAUUCAGGAAACAAGAACAAAUUACAUGAUACAACAAGAAGCAGACAAAUCUAAAAUGUGGGUUAUUCUACAAGAGUAAUGACAGCUUCUCAACCAAUAAAAUGGAUUGAAAAAAGGGAGGUGGAACUCUUAGAUAUUAAAAGAGUCGUAAGAGAUGUAUCAAUCAAAUGCAAUGAAUGAGUGGUUCUCAUUUAGAUCACAAGUUGAACAAGUGUAAAAAAGACAUUUUUAUGACAGUUGGGGAAAUGGGACUAUUGACAGUAUUAGAUAAUAUUAAGAAUUAUGUUCUUGUUAGAUGUGCAAAUAGCAUUGUGUUUAUGUAAAAGUGUCUUAGAGAUAAAUUAGCAAGUUUAUACACAUAAAAUGAUAUGUCUAGAAUUACCUUUAAAAUGCUCAUGCAAAAGAAAAGUGAAGAUGGAUAACUUGUUUGUCAAAAUCAUGGUAAGAUGAGUCAGGUGCGUGGUUUUUGCUUAUUUUGUUUUUGCUCUUUUCUCUAUUUUCAUGUAUUUUAAAUUUUCCGUAAUUUUUUUUAAAGAUAAAAUAUCUGUGAAAUUAUAACCCACUUAAAGUGAAUGAUGUUUGUAAAUGGCUACAUAUCAGAACUUACGGAUAUUGCUAAAGUUUUACACACAGGGAUAUUAAAUGUGCUAUAAUGUAUUUGGGAAAUUAAGAUUGAGUAUCCAGAUUUUAUCUAGUUCACCUAAUGCUACAUCUGUUGUAGUGCCUGUCCCAUAGUACUUCGUAUAUUUCAAGAGUGAGUAAAAAGAGCAAUUACAACUACUUGUGGAAAUUAAUUGAAUAGAACUGUAUUAUCUGAUAAGGUAGCUGCUAGCAACAUGUUGAGCACUUAAAAUUGAGCUAUUGAGAGACUGAAUUGUGGUUAGUACAAAUUAAGAUGGUGUUAAAUGUAAAAAACACACAAGGUUUUGAAUACUUAGUUCUAAAAAAAUAUGUAACAGGUCAGUUUCUCACAGCAUUUCUCUGCUGUUGUUGGGAAGCUGUGAUAUUCAGUGGAUUGCAUUACUGCAUAAUACAGAACCCAAUUUAAGUAUAUCUCUGCUCCCAAGUAGCAGCAUGUUUACACACUGAGGUCUCUUUGGUUCUACCCUGAGUCAUGCUGAAUUUUUUUUUCUUCUCUUCAUAAAACGUUGCCUGUGUUUACAGCUGAGUAGUUUUCUCAGACUGUUUUUAACCUGUAGAUGUUUCAGCAUCCAAAGGCCCUUUUUUACUUUAUACUGUUUCCCACUAAGUUCAAGCUUGCAGUGCUUCAAGUAGUACAAUUCUCUUUAAGACUGUGUUUUCUAUGAUUUUUAUUAGGGUUCAUUCAAUUAGACAAAAGAUCAACAGGCUCUUCUCUGUAUUGGGUUCCCUGUGAGGCUACUGUAGAAAAACGACUUUGAAAAUCUUAGAAGCCACGCUGUUUCACAGAAAGGAUGAAAGUUGCCUUUAUCUUUACCCUGGGGUGACAUUUUCAGGACAGCACCACAUAUUUGAGUUUUCCUCCCCUCUCAGGCCCAUUAUAACUUUGAGAACCCUUUGCUACCUGUAAACACUGUCAUGAACCCUCUAUUUCCUUGAAAUUCUACUUGAAAUAUGCACCAAUUGAUAUAAUGAAUAGAAUGAUUUUUUUUUUUACUCUGUUAAUAUGAUGAAUUACCUUCAUGGAUUUUCAAAUAUUGAUUAAGCCUUAUAUCACUGGAGUAAACUCUUGUUUGUCUGUAGUGUGUACUUUAAAUAUAUAUAUAUAUUGCUGUACUUGCUGUGAUUGCUAUAAUUUACUAAUGUUUUGUUGAGGAUUUUUGCAUCUAUAUUCAUGAAGGAUACUGGUCUCUAGUUUUGUUCUAUUUUUGUCUCAUUUGGUAUCAGGUUGAUGGUGUCCUCAUAACGUGAGUUUGGAAAUGUUGCCUCCUUUUAAUUUCUGGAAGAGGUAGUGUAGAAUUGGUGUUAAUUAUUCUUUGAAUGGUAGAAUAUUCCAGUGAAACCAUUUGGGCCUUGCAAUUGACUGAAUGUGUCUCCUUAAAAUGUGAUGACAUCCUAACCCCCAACAUGAUGGUAUUAGGAGGUGGGGCCUCUCAAGAGAUAAUUAGGUCAUGAGGGUGGAGCCUUUCUGAAUGAGAUUAGUAGCCUUAUAAAAGUGACCCCAGAGAGUUCUCUCACCCUCUCCUGCCAUGUGAGGAGGAUACAACAAGAAGAUGACAGUUUUCAAUCUGGAAGAUGUUUCUCACCAAAACUAACUGUGCUAGCACCGUAAUGUCAGACUUCCAGCCUCCAAACUUGUGAGAAAUAAAUUUGUUUACAAGCU